GUGGAAUGAGGCAGUCGGCUAGAUGAACGGAAAACCGACGAGCGAAGGAAUGAAUGGUUGUGUUUUGGGGAUGAGGUGCUGGACGGAGAUAGUCUGGUUGGCUUGUUCUGCGUCGCCCGCCAUAGCCAGGGGAAGGUGGUACCGCGGUGAUGAUCAUGUCGUCGCCUUUCGCUCCAGCUGUCGUGGGUUGCGGAACGGACCCUACAUGUCAAUUCUUGCGGCAAGAGAUCUCAGAAUUGUCGUGCGGGCAGGUGCGCCUGUCGACGUCUCACUGCUGCCGGUAAGAUUGUAGUAAUUGAUGCUGCAGGAUUGGUCGGGGAAUCGCCGAGGGUCGAACUCCACAUUUCGAAUGCUCUUGAUCGACUGGAGAAAUUAGUGGUCGCGAGAAAGAGGCAGGCCUUCUGAUAUGGCUUGUUUGAGACGGAAUUUCUCGUGCCCUUGCGAGUUCGGCUUUUGGGACUCAUGCGUGGGAGAGGGACGCCAACAAAAGGCUGCUAGGUUUUUGCGUAUGAGCUCUGGGCCAAGAAUAAGAACCCAACUGAAAGUGGAAACGAAGCCGUUGCUUGUGCAAAAUUGUGCAUCCACGACACGAGCUUCCAACGGCAGUGAACUAGGUUCUGGUCAACAUGGCGACGAUUGCACCUUUGAAAGGAGAGCCCUUUUAACAGCACUGAUCGGAGGUUCUAUCUCUUCUUUUGGAAAUGAUGCACAGGCUUCGGACGUUCCUGGCGCGUUGAGCAAGUACAUUAAGAGGAAGAAACUAGAUCCUCUUGAAACCUACGUGCCCACCAUCCUUCUGGCUCAGUCGCAGUUCCAGGAAGUUGAUGGAAGGCUGGAGGGCGAGGCUUCGAAAUUCGCAGAUGCUCGCUCUCUGCUGCGCAAUGGCCCUGCCGCGUCUCUCCGCACCGACAUCAGAGCGGUUGCUCAGUACGCUGCAGAGUCGGGGAAUGAGAGGGUGGCGUCUGCCGCAGUGGACCAGUGUCUCAGCGCUCUGGAGGAUUUGGAUGGACUGCUCUUCCAGGCAUCGAGGUCUCAAGAUGCGCCCAUCGAGAAAAUGAGGCAAAGGCUCUCCACGGCAGUGACGGCAAUAGAUAGACUUCUUGCCACGGUUCCUGCUGCCAUACUCGAAAAAGGAAAAGCUGUUGCUAAGGCCUACAGGGAUAGCGAUUAAGACUGCGCCGCGAAGGUCCGUCCUUAACCUUCGCUGAUCGCGGGCGGAGUCACGAAGAAAGAAAGGAUGGAAAGGCCUUUAGCGAGCCAGCGAGUAGGAGGGUGUUCAGUGCUCUGCGACCAAUUAUAGUUAUGCUCGGUUGAGCCACGUCGGGAUAAUCCUUUGGGCGAUGCUAAUUUGAAUAUCAAUCUAUAUGCACUUGCAUCUCUCGUGCACUUAACUUGUCACGAUGUCUAGGACAUCCAAAGCAUUGAACGUAACGGGUCGUUCUUUGUCGACUUUGUAUCCAAUCGAACUCGCCGUGUGUCACAGCAUACGUAGACUCGCCUACAUUUCAGGAACAUGGAAACCUCAGCACGAACAAUAAUUUCCCGCGGAAAAUGGUACUGGUUCGUUAUUAACGAUAUUCUAUCUUCCAUGCACACGGUGCUGUUUGUAGCUUGUGAGCCACUAAGGAUUCCAUCACCCUAUGCCACAAGGAAAAUCAUUGGUUAUAAAAUGCCCAUCCCUUUCCUUCAGUAGCACUGAUGCGUACUGCGAGUAUCG